UCCCAGCCAAAAUAGUCUGCAUUUAAAUCCUCCUUACUGGGGAGCAAUGAUAUAUACACCCACACACAAAUUAAUACACACACAUAUAAUAUACUUGUAUAUCACACAACCAUAUUCGGAUCUACUCAUGUAUAUAGAUUGCCCAUGUAGUUGUUAAGCAAAGCAACAACUCACUGGACAUUCCAGAGUAUGAGGAAAUGUAUUUACUCCGAAAAAUAGUUACAGAUUUACAGUUAGGGCUAGUCCAAAAAUAAUUUCACCAUGCCUCUCUUCUUCCUGGUGAAGUCUGCAAGCCUCAAUGACUCCAUCCGUCCGCCACUCACCAUGUCUCCGGUCUCCCAUCCCUUCCUGUCCAGUGUCCACCAUCAACUGCGUGGCAUCAGCCGCCUGCGUCAUCCCAGCAGCCCGCUAACUCGCCAAGGCAGCCCAACUGAACUAUUGAUCGCAUCAUGCAGUCCAAGACGACCACCGCCUAAUGUAGCUUCCUUUGUCACUCGGCGAACUCAAUCUUAUCUCACACUCUCAAGACCCAUGAGAGAGGAGUUUAGGGGAGGUUAUAAAGAUGCGAUUAAAUCAAGACUUUCCUCUCGUUUCUUCCCUUUUCAAAUGACAUGACCAUAAAACAUUUAGGGCUCGUUUGGUAGUUUGCACGUUAAAUCUUUGCAUGCGAAGUGAUCACAUGCAAAGUAUAGGGAAACAAUCAUUUUGCAUGUAAAAUAGAUUACAUUGUUUGGCUAGAUGUGUUAUUUAUUUUUAAAUUACAUGCAAAGUCGUUGCAGUGCUUCAUAAAAGGCAUGCAAAGUAUUUUACCACCUUCCCCCCACGUAAAAUACUUUACAUGGUACAGUGCGAAAUGUUUUAAAAAAGUGACCUACAGUUUACAUUAAAUAAUCAAACCAAACAGUGUAAACAUUUUACGUCCUUACAUUUCGCAUGCAAAGUAAUUACUUUACAUGCUACCAAACGCCCCCUUAGAGUUCCAAUGCACUGCACUACUGGUACCCUAGCCUGAUUACUUUGACAGUUUGACCUGGUCACUCUGCUUUUAUGCCCUUUUCAU